GGGGCGGGGGCGCCGCAGACGGCCGCUGAGUCGCGGCGGGUGAGCAGCGCGCAGCGUCGGCGGGCUCAGGUCCAGCAGCCAUGGCGGUGGAAGGAAGAAUGAAAUGUGUCAAGUUCUUGCUCUACGUUCUUCUGCUGGCCUUUUGCGCCUGUGCAGUGGGAUUGAUCGCUGUAGGUAUAACAGCCCAGCUUGUCCUGAAUCAGACCAUUACCCAUGAGACGACUUCUGGUGCCCUGUUGCCUGUGGUCAUCAUUGCAGUGGGUGCCUUCCUCUUUCUGGUGGCCCUGGUGGGCUGCUGUGGAGCCUGCAGGGAGAACUAUUGCCUUAUGGUUACGUUUGCCAUCUUCCUGUCUCUAAUCAUGCUUGUGGAGGUGGCUGCAGCCAUUGCUGGCUAUGUGUUCAGAGACAAGGUGACAUCGGAGUUUAAUAAGAAUUUCCAGCAGCAGAUGCAGAAUUACUCUAAAGAUAACAAAACAGCCGCAAUUCUGGAUAAGUGGCAGAAAGAUUUUAUGUGCUGUGGGGCUGCUAACUACACAGACUGGGAGCACAUCACUGGCAUGGCUAAAGACCGAGUCCCUGACUCCUGCUGCAUCAACAUCACUGUGGGCUGUGGAACUGAUUUCAAGGAGUCUAUGAUCCAUACCCAGGGUUGUGUGGAGCAGAUUGGGAUCUGGCUGAGAAAAAACGUGCUGCUGGUGGCUGCAGUAGCCCUGGGCAUUGCUUUUGUGGAGAUACUGGGAAUUGUCUUUGCCUGCUGCUUGGUGAAGAGCAUCCGAAGUGGCUAUGAAGUAAUGUAGGGGUCUGAUCUUGAUUCUGCUCAUCUAAGGGAGUGUAUUCUCCAGGUUUUUCAAAUUAAACGGAUUAUUUUUUCACACCAGAAAGAAA